UCCUCCUUUUCUGAGAACGACAACAAACGUAUGAGCAUCUCAUCGAUCUACUCAUUGGCAUCUGCGAGGGGUGUACCGAGCUCAGCCGCGUCAGCGAAUGGCUCCGACACUGGUUCAGCCGGCACGCCCCGCUCCGUAUCAGGACUCAUGGCGUCGCCUGCAGGCAAACCGGGCGACACGGGCGUAUCCAACGUCACGGUGACCACCGGCAGUCAGGGCUCAAACCGAGGAAAUCUUGCUCCUCGGGAACAACCUCACCAUCACCAUCUGUCCGAUAUUCUUAAGCGGAACCACGAGCAUGGGCAAAUUCCCCGGUCUGAUCCCUCAAGCGCGUCAAGGCCACAGCCCGGUAGAGAGAGGAGUCGUGCCAAGCGGAGGCUCAGCGGGAGUACAGCGGCUAGCAGCCACAGUCCGAGCAGUGAUCGGACUCUCCAUUACAAAGACAAGGAGGAAGCAAAGCCUGCUCCCUUGGGCCUUAUUGGUGUCUGUGCCUUGGACGUCAAGGCGAGGAGCAAACCCAGUCGGAACAUCUUGAACCGACUCUUGGCAAAUCGAGAUUUUGAUGUCAAGAUUUUCGGGGACAAGGUCAUUCUGGAUGAAGAUAUUGAGAACUGGCCCGUCUGUGAUUACUUGAUAUCAUUUUAUUCCGACGGUUUCCCGCUGGACAAAGCCAUCGCCUACACCAAGGCGCGGAAGCCCUUCUGCGUCAACGACGUGCCCAUGCAGAAGAUUCUGUGGGACAGGAGGCUGUGCCUCUAUCUCUUGGACAAAGUAGGCGUCCCAACGCCGCAGCGCCUAGAGGUGAGUCGUGACGGAGGCCCUCGUCUUCUCACCGCCGAGAUUGCGAAGCACAUCAAGGACGUCACGGGCAUAGCCCUGGAUCCCACCCCUACAGACCCAGACAAAAUGAUUCUGCCUCGAAAAGUGGAGCUUGUGGACAACGGAGAUGUUCUCAGUGUCGACGGUGCUCUGCUCAAGAAACCUUUUGUCGAGAAGCCGACGAGCGGCGAGGAUCACAACAUCAUAAUCUACUUUCACAGUAGCACAGGAGGCGGCGCGAGAAAAUUGUUCAGAAAGAUUGGGAACAAGAGCUCCGAAUACGUUGCUGAGCUCAACGUUCCCCGGUGCAUCACUCAACCGGGAGAGAGUUUUCUCUACGAGAAAUUCAUGGAAGUCGACAAUGCAGAAGAUGUCAAGGCGUACACGGUGGGACCCGAAUAUUGCCAUGCUGAAACCAGGAAAUCACCAGUCGUGGAUGGUCUUGUCCGGCGGAACACACACGGCAAAGAGAUCCGCUAUGUCACUAGCCUAACUGACGAGGAGAAGGCCAUGGCAAGCAAGAUUGCUACCGCGUUUGGCCAACGCGUCUGUGGUUUUGAUCUCCUCCGGGCUGGUGGAAAGAGUUAUGUCAUCGAUGUCAACGGCUGGAGUUUUGUCAAGGACAAUGAUGACUACUACGAUCACUGUGCCAACAUUCUGAAGGAGAUCUUUGUCAAGGAGAAGAUGCGACGAGCUGGCAUGACACCACCGAUGCCGUCUCCGGUCAUCACAGACUCCGAUCCCAUGGGGCGGGCUGCUCCUGGUGGGAAAGACAAGGGCUCUAAGGAAACCCCCCUCAUUGGGAUGUUACCUAACCAGAGGGCAGCUCUUCCGGCCUCCAAGACACCCCAGGACACCCGGGUCAUGAGCGCGCCUCCCCCGGAGCCUCCCAAGCUGGAAAGCGGCAACGCCUCCAAGUCUGGGAGUGGCGCCGCAAGCCCUCUACUGCCUCAGCCUCCAGAGCCUCCAGCCAGGAACAGCUUGCCAACGUCCGCACCAGCCACGCUGCCAGCAACGCCGGACUUGCAUGGUCUUGGCGUGGCUGAGUCCGAGAUCCAGACACCCCCUCCACCCCCUCCAAAGCACUCGUGGAAAUUGAAGGGCAUGGUUUCGGUCAUCCGACACGCUGAUCGCACACCGAAGCAGAAAUUCAAGUUCACAUUCCACACCGAACCAUUCAUUGAACUCCUCAAGGGCCACCAGGAAGAGGUACUGCUUAUUGGCGAGCCAGCACUUGCUAGCGUCUUGGAAGCUGUGGAUAAAGCCAUGAAAGCAGGCGGCGAAGACCGCGAGAAGUUGAGGACGUUACGAAAUGUACUGAUCAAGAAGAGCAGUUGGCCUGGCACCAAAGUCCAGAUCAAGCCCAUGUUCCGGAAGAAAAAGACGGACGAGAUGGAGAUACUAGACGAAAAGCAAGCCCUGCCAGAGGUGCAACCUGUGCAGACGAGCGCUGUGGAACAUCAGGGAAACGGGCAGCCAGAAAGCGACUUCUCUGAGAAAGAUGGGAAACCUCGAUUCCCUCCGAAACGCCACGAUUCUUUGUCGGGUGUGACUAUGUCGAAGAUUACAGCUGCCGAGAACGGGCUGCUGCUCGACAAGCUACAGCUCAUUGUGAAGUGGGGAGGUGAGCCAACACACUCUGCUCGGUAUCAAUCUCAGGAGCUCGGCGAGAAUAUGCGGAAUGACCUGGCCAUCCUCAACCGAGAGAUCCUUGACGAAGUACACGUCUUCAGCAGCUCGGAGAGACGAGUCACCACAAGCGCACAAAUCUGGUCGUCUGCCUUUCUGAAUCGGACAGACCUUCCUGACGAUUUCAUUCAGAUUCGGAAGGACCUUUUGGAUGAUUCUAAUGCGGCGAAGGAUGAGAUGGAUAAGGUCAAAAAGAAGCUAAAGGGUCUCCUCCGGAAAGGGAACGAGCGGCCGUCUCAGUUCGCGUGGCCAGAGAAUAUGCCAGAGCCUUCAGAAGUCCAGACACGGGUUGUGCUGCUCAUGAAUUUUCAUCGUCGAGUCAUGCAACACAACUACAGCAAGCUGCACAGUGGCGCCGUCACCUCGCUCACCGCGAUUUCCAACCCAAACAGCUCUGAGAAAUCCAGACAUGGCGAGACUUCGUCUACUUCCAUCCAGUCGCACGCGUCUGCGCUUUCGCAGGCCAGCGCUGUAGCGGACAUUCAGGCCCGCUGGUGCUGUGGGGAGGAUGCAGAGUUAUUCAGGGAGCGAUGGGAGAAGCUCUUCACCGAGUUCUGCGACGGUGAGAAGGUCGACCCGUCCAAAAUCUCCGAGUUGUACGAUACAAUGAAAUUCGACGCACUUCACAAUCGCCAAUUCCUGGAAUGGGUCUUCACUCCUUCCAAGGCCAUGUUGGAGGAGGAAUUCGGAAUCAUUAUCGGGAACAAGGAUGGCAAGUCAAGUUCUAGCCCUAAGGACUCCGAGGACCAGCAGCCAUCUGGCAAAGCGUCCGAGGAUGGCAAGAACGGAGACAAGACCACCAUGAGGGAAGGGGACAAGGAAGAGCGCAGGAUGAAGAAGAUUUUCAGGAAGCCUUCCUGGAAGACUGGUUUGCGUGGUGCUGGCAAAAUUGCCCCAGCGGAAGAGUACUUCAACCUCUGCAAGGGCGACAGCCAGACCAAGGCCAAGACCGAUGCUCGCUUUGAACCGCUACGAGAACUCUACCAGUUGGCCAAGGUUCUCUUUGACUUCAUCUGUCCACAAGAAUACGGCAUCAGUGACAGCGAGAAGCUCGAAAUCGGUCUCCUCACCUCCCUCCCUCUGCUCAGAGAAAUUGUCACCGACCUGGAGGAUAUGCAGGCAUCCGACGAUGCAAAGUGCUUCCUAUACUUCACCAAGGAAUCUCAUAUCUACACGCUACUCAACAGUAUCCUUGAGGGAGGCAUUGAGACGAAGAUCAAACGGAGUACCAUCCCGGAGCUUGACUAUCUCUCGCAGAUCUGCUUUGAGCUGUAUGAGUCUGAGACAAAUCCACCCGAGGCGGCUGGCGGAAGUGGAUAUCCCACUUUUGAGUACAGCAUCCGAAUCACCAUCAGCCCUGGCUGUCACGUCUAUGAUCCGCUGGACGUCCAGCUUGACAGCAAGCACUGCAUCAGCUGUGCACCGAGGCGGAGCUUGACGCCACAUUGCGACUGGAAGACUGUGAUUGACACGUUACGAGCCAAAUUCCAUACAGUUAAGCUCCCAAAGAGCUUCGUGGCCGUAAACCUCUCGGAUGCAUUCUCGUGGCAGAAG